GCUUUUUCUUCGAAGUCUCAGCAGCGAUCCGAACGGGCGUCCAUUUUGCAUCGCCAUAUUGAAAUUGGUCGGACAUCUUUGGACGCCAUGUUUAGUCGGACAUAUUUUAUAAACAUUUUCGCGUAAAUUUCAAAUAUUUUUAAGGAAUUAUUAUCGAACUUUUUUUCACUAAAGUGUGUGACAUUGAUUGCAAUUAAAAUUGCCUGGAAAAAAUCGGUGCCUACGCAGCAGUCCAUAUUUGUCUCCAGGGGGCCGUGCAGCUUUUGUUAUAGUCUUAAAUAAAGCGAAGCUGGCCUCAAAAUGAUGAAUCAAGAGAUUAUGUGUGAAGUGGAGAUAGCGACCCACGGCGGAAUGGUAGAAAUUGAUGGGGAUGAACAAGUCGGUGUUAAGUAUGAAGAAAUAGAAACGGGACAGUAUGAAGAGUACAUAACGGACGAUCAGUAUGAAGAGGUCGAGGAGCAAGUUAUAGGGAUGCAGCAUUUAGAGGAAGAUUAUAAAAUUUCAGUGGGCAGCGAGGAGGUUAUCCUGCCCGGUAUGCCUGGAGAAGAGAUGUUGCAGCAACACACUGAGAACGCCUACGAUGCUGUGUACCCCGCCCCCCCCUCGACCAGCAGAAGGGGUCGAGGCCGAACCCGAGUUAACGCAAACACGAACAGCAUACAUCAUUUAAUGCCGAUGGGUGAAGUACCGAUGGGUCUGAUGGAAGGCAAUACGGGCAGAGCAGCGAGACGCUGGGAGCAGAAACAGGUCCAGAUCAAAACUAUGGAGGGAGAAUUCUCCGUCACCAUGUGGGCCACUGGAGAGGAUGAUGAUGAUGGGUCGAACCCGGAGCCGGACCCCGACUAUACGGAGUAUAUGACUGGGAAAAAAAAUGUAUUGGGAAAUGACACAAUGCCAGGUUUAGAUCUUUCUGAUCCGAAGCAGUUAGCCGAAUUCGCUCGUCCGGGACAUAAAAUUAGAUUGAAGAAACCUUCACCGGAGUCAUCAGAUAGAACCAUCGCGUGUCCGCAUAAGGGCUGCUCGAAGAUGUUCCGCGACAACUCAGCGAUGCGCAAGCACCUGCACACGCACGGGCCGCGGGUUCACGUCUGCGCAGAGUGCGGUAAAGCAUUCGUAGAGAGUUCGAAGUUAAAACGACAUCAACUCGUUCACACCGGAGAGAAACCUUUCCAGUGUACCUUCGAAGGCUGCGGGAAGAGGUUCUCACUUGAUUUUAACCUUAGGACCCACGUACGCAUCCACACGGGCGACCGGCCCUACGUGUGUCCCUUCGACAGCUGCAACAAGAAGUUCGCCCAGAGCACCAACCUCAAGUCGCACAUACUCACACACGCCAAAGCUAAAUCAAGAAAUUCACUGUCAAGAAACGGAGGAGGUGCGUACGAGUCGGCCAGAACGACACCACAGUUUGUACAACUCGAAGUGUCCCCUGACGACUCGAACCCACAACUAAUCUUCUACACCCACGAGUGAUGAGACCAACGUGUGCUUGCAUGUACACGUGACAUGCGGAUAUAAUAGUGAUAAAAUUAACAAUCGGUGAUGCUACGAUAGAUUUGAAUCAUAACCUUCGAGGAUUCUAAUUAAUAACUAACCUUUUAAAAUAGGAAGUGAAGUGUUUUUACAUGUACAUGUGACAUGUGAUUAAGUGAAAGUGAUAAAAGUGUUAAGUGUAGACAUUUGGUGAUAAAUGAACGUGUACAGAUUUUUUUAUAUUAGUUGUUAGCUAGAUGUUUAUUAUGAAAAUUUUCAAGUUGAAAUAACUUACGGAGUAGUUUGGUAACCGUUGUUGGUAUUUGGUUACUUUGGAAGGAUCAAGUCUGUUUUCUACGUUCAAAAAAUUAUUUUUUUUGAUUACAAAUUGUUUGUUUUAUGAGCAAAA